AUGUUGUUGGCGCGGAUACUAGUCGCCACAUUUGCCGCGAUCCUGAUACGAAGCGGAUGCGCACAACAGCAGCAGCCGGUCUCACCCCUGCCCACCUCGAUCCCCAUUCCGGUCUCCAUCGACGGGCCACAAAAUGUUAAACUUCCCGAGGAUACGGUGGAAUUGACGGCAAAAAUUGAAAAUGAAAAAUCCUGGGACAACGUGUCGCUGGCGUUCCUGUGGGAGGUGCUCAGCGGUGGUGGCCUCGCUUCUUCGAAAGUCUACACCCAUCAAAACCUCGUCCUCAACAAGCUAAAACCUGGCACCAUCGUCGUCAGGGUCACCGUCUCGGGCGCUGGGAUUCUUGGCAAAGCGGAGCACACCCUCACCGUGACCGACGUCAGCAAGGCGUCCGACCCGCCGAAGGCCGUCAUCCGCCCCGAGGGCCCCAUCGAGAGCAUUGAGGGAAAUACGCUGACGCUGGACGCUGAGGGGAGCGUCACCUCAUCGGCCGCCAGCUUCGAAUGGGCCCAAAUAUCCGGCCCGGCCGUCACGCUGGCCGCCACCAACGUGCCCAGCCUCAAGAUUGAGCGCCUCGUGAAGGGCGUGUACAAAUUUCGAAUGACGGUGACGGAUGCGGAGGGCAGAAAAGACGCGGCUACGGUGAAUGUUGUUGUCCGAGAAGAGCGAGACGACCCUCCAAAAGCCCACAUCACUGAAUGCGGAAUCGGAAGCGCCACGGCAACGGUCACCGUCCGGCUCCCGAAAGACCAAAUCCAGCUCUGCGCCAAUACCAGCCAGGAUGAUAAGGGCGUCACUUCCUUCCGGUGGUACCGCGUCGACGAUUUUGCCCAGCAGCUAACCGUUGACGUUGAGGGGAGCACGAGCGAUGUGUUGGUCCUCAAAAAUCUUCAGCCCACCGAAACGAUCGGCGCGUACGAGUUCUCGCUGGACGUCGCCGACGUGAAGGGCCAAAAGGACACGGCCCGCGUGUCGAUUUUUGUGCACGCCGCACAUAAUAUGGCGCCUGUCCCGAACGGCGGCGGCAAUCGAACGGUGACCCUGCCGGAGACGUCGCUAGUCCUCGAGGGCAACGCCAAGGACGACGGCGAGAUCAAGGCGUUCAACUGGACGCAGAUUAGUGGCCCCAACAACGCCUCGCUCGUCAACGCCAACCAGGCCAAGGCCACCGUGUCCGGGCUGCUCGAGGGCGAGUACUCCUUCCGGUUUGCCGUCGUGGACGACGGCGGGCUGGAGGCGAGUGACGUCGUCUGGGUCACCGUUGCUAGAGGCGAAAACAACCCGCCAGUCGCUGUGGCCGACAACGUGACCGUGGCCCUUCCGGUGUCGAUCGUCCGCCUCGACGGCUCGAGGAGCCACGACGACGCGGGGAUUGUCAAGUACAUCUGGACGCCGGAUGAUGACGUCCCGUCAGCUAUUCAACUCCUCGGCGACUCGGCUCGCUCCUCCGUGCUCCUCGUCGGCCGACUAAUCGCCGGGACUUUUAAGUUCAACUUCACCGUCCGCGACCAGCAGGGCGCCAGCGACGAGCGAUGGGUGUGGCUGCACGUCGAGAAAGGCGAAGCCGAGGAGGAGUCAGUCGAGCUCCUCAUCCAACAGUCCAUCUCCCAGUUCAGCUUCUUGCUCAAGGAGAAGCUCGAAAAUCGAAUCUCAGCCAUCCUGUCGACCGGCCUCUCGGGGGUGAGCGGCGUGAAUGUGAAUACCGUAUCCGUCGACGAGGAGCCGGGCUCCGGGAUGAUCCGCUACAUCUUUUGGGCCGAGUCGAGGGAGCAGACUGACGAGAUGCGCCGUCGGCGGGGCAUCCGCUCAACGACGCAGGCCCAAAUCCUGAGGGCCGACCUGAUCGUGGAGGUGCUGAGGGCGGAGACGACGAUGCAGGACAGCUUCUUCAUCAAGAGCAUCGAGCCCAAAUACUGCCACCUCGACUGCUCGGGCCACGGGCAGUGCUCGGAUCAGACGAAGGAGUGCGUGUGCGAGCGCUUCUGGAUGGCCAGCCUCAUCGGCAUCAUCCUCUCCGGGGGGAAGCACUACGAUUGCGGUUGGUCCUCCGUCUAUUUCUGGAUCGGCACGUUCAUCUUCCUGCUGUCCGUCUUCUACUACGUGUUCGUCCGAAAAUCUUCACGAUCCUCCUGGUCGAAGAAGGCCAAACGGUUACGAUUCCGCAGAAGAAGGAGAUACUCUCCGGUGCAUUCAGAAGAGAGUGAGGAGGACAAGCAGGAGAGACCGGGUCAGAGGGGUCGCCACCACGGUGCCCGUCUGCAGCCCCUUCCCCUGCCGCCCUCCUCGGACUCGUUGCUCUCCGAGGGCGAAGAUCUUCUCCCGCGCCUCGCGCCGGACAGCUCGCGACGGCCGGGCCGCAACGCCGGCGAGUCGAAGCGGCUCAUA